AGCUGGGGGAAAAAUAGACAAGAAUGUUCUUAGCAAGAGACAAACAAAAGAUGUGUGUGUUGUGUUAUGGUCAAACAUUUUAGCAGCAAAAGCUUGACCUUUUCCAUUUCGUCUCUCUCUGAUCUGAGUUUUAUUCUUUCAUUUCUUUAACCAUUUCACUGCUUGCAGCUUCUAAUCUUCUAUUAUAGUUCAAUGGGCAUUUAUGCUUCAUACCAAAACAGGUCAACGAAGCUUCAUGCGUGCCAAUUUCAUUCUUGUUUUUUGAGCUUUGGAUUCAAGAUUCAUCCUUUUUGAUUCCCAAAUCUUUGUUUUUUUUUUACUUGCUUUACAUCAAAAGAUUCAUCCUUUCUUUUCUAUGAUCUGAGCUCUAUCCAGUCCAAGAAGUACCCACUUCAGACAACUCUGUUCCUUGGAUCUGUUUUUUAUUUUCAGACCAAACCCACAUCAAAAGUUUCAAUAUUUGAGCUCAAAACUCAAAUCUUGAAUCUUUCACUCCUUACAGAUAUGGUAGUAGAAGAGCAAAACCUGGAAAACGGCGGAUCCGUCCGUGUGGUCAAAGGAGAAGAAAGCCAUUUCCGUAAUGUGGUGUGUGGUCCAGUGCGGUGGCUAAAGAUGUUGUCAUCAGAGCUUCACUGGAGCUUUGUGUUUGGUGUGGUCUCACUGUACGGAGUAAACCAAGGUCUUGGUGGUUCAUUGGGUCGUGUAGCUACAGAGUAUUACAUGAAAGAUGUUCAAAAGGUUCAGCCUUCUGAAUCUCAAGCUCUCACUGCAAUCACUAAGAUUCCAUGGAUCAUUAAGCCUCUUUGGGGCAUUCUCACUGAUGUUCUUCCCAUCUUUGGUUUCCACAGACGACCUUACUUCAUCUUAGCUGGGGUGCUUGGAGUGGUUUCUUUGUUCUUCAUAUCACUUCAUAGUAAUCUACAUCUUUACUUGGCACUGUUAUGGAUGACAAUAUCAAGUGCUGCAAUGGCGAUAGCGGAUGUGACCAUUGAUGCUUGCACUGCUUACAACAGUAUCAAACACCCUUCUCUUGCAUCGGAUAUGCAGAGCUUAUGUAGUUUAAGCUCCUCUAUUGGAGCACUUCUUGGUUUUUUCAUGAGUGGCAUCUUAGUUCAUUUUGUUGGCUCCAAGGGUGUGUUUGGGUUGCUGACAUUCCCAUUCGCGUUAGUAUCCGUAGUCGGGAUUGUGUUUAAUGAGCCCCAUGUUCCUGGUUUCUCUUACAAACAGGUACACCAGAAAUUCACAGAUGCAGGGAAAGCGAUGUGGAGGACAAUGAAGUGCUCAGAUGUGUGGCGUCCGAGUCUGUAUAUGUACAUUUCCCUUACUUUUGGUUUGAACAUUCAUGAAGGUCUUUUUUAUUGGUUCACUGAUUCAAAGGAUGGUCCUUUGUUUGCUCAGGAAACAGUUGGUUUCAUUCUCUCAAUUGGUUCAAUCGGGUCGAUUCUAGCAGCAAUGUUGUAUCAGCUAGUGCUAAAGGAUCAUCCGUUCCGUAGCUUAUGUUUGUGGACUCAACUUCUCUUUGCUUUGUCCGGAAUGCUUGACCUUAUUCUUGUGCUACGUCUCAACUUGAAAUUUGGUUUACCGGAUUAUCUCUUCAUAGUAGUUGACGAGAUAGUUUCUCAGAUGAUCGGUCGCCUGAAAUGGAUGCCGCUACUCGUACUCACUUCAAAGCUUUGUCCUCACGGUAUUGAAGGGACUUUCUUUGCAUUGCUAAUGUCAAUCGACAAUGCAGGCCUCAUGACCUCAUCUUGGCUCGGGGGAAUAUUGUUGCACGUCCUUAAAGUGACUCGGAAUGAGUUUGGUAACCUCUGGCUUGCCGUUUUGGUUAGAAACGUGAUGAGACUUUCGCCGCUCUGUUUUCUGUUUCUUGUGCCUAAGGGAGAUCAGAAUACGUUCAAGCUACCGGAUGAGAUAAUGGGUGAGGAUUCUUCGGAAGAAGAGGAAGACGAGAAAGAUGGAACUCGGAAUUUGGAGUUGGCAUCUCUUGUUCAUUCUGUUGAUAGAAGAUAGCUUUAUAGUUAGUGUUUGAAGCAAAUGCUUCGACUUUUUUUCAGCAGCUUCUACCAACUUUUACUUCUAGUACUGUGGAAAGUGCAAAUGGCACUACAUUUUUCUCUGAAUACAUAACAAGUUUGUGUUUUUUUCUUUUUUUGGUGUAAAAGAAAACAUCUUUAGUGAAGUUAGGGGCCUAAUCUUCUUCCA